UCUAUCUCUUUCUUGCGUUCUCUCUCUGCCUCUCAUUGAAAAAAAAUUGUACAAUGGCCGGCGUCUACAGUUGCUUGGCUCCGUCGCCGAUAUCUUUUCCAUUACUAGCUCCCUUGUCAAUGGCCGGCGUCAACAGUUGCGUUCUCCCUCUGUCUCUUGCUUGCGUUCUCUACCUUUCUCCUUUGCCUUUCAAGCCUACAACUAAAAAUUCUCGACUGAAUGCAUGCUUCCUUCCUGCAACAAGUAGAUUUCAUCAUGGCGUCGACGGCGCCAGGCGAUAUCCUUGUCUUAGAGUUUCAACAAAACUGCCAAGGAGAGUAGAGCCUGCGGUGCCGCUGAAAAUCCUACGUGCAAAACCCAAGUGUUGUCCAGUCCACGUUAACAAUCCUAAUUCGGAAUUCAUCAACAAUAUUUCAAGCGGUGAGGAUGAUAACCAGAGUUGGAUAUCACGGGUAGAAAAGACUGCACGAGAUUUUCUCGAACCAAAAAGGGAACGCUGGGUAGUGCCAUGGGGCAUGGGAACAGUUUUCCUAUUCUUUAAUCUUUGUUUUGCUUGGAACAAGUUGCAUGGCCACAAGAUAUUUCCGUUGAUUGACCGUGUGGACCCCGCCUACCAUGAUCCCUUGUGGCUCCUCUCGACGCAGCCUAUCCAAAUCGCAAUCCUUUACCUCUGCCUUUAUCGGUUUAGACCCUUACCUACGGAUUGCUUGCACUUCAGCAUCGAAGGGAACUGGCUGUUCGAUCUCAUUAUAGCAUGCCGCUUGUUUCCUCUUGUUGGACACAUAGAUUCAAUCAGUCACCACUUUUUAGGGCCCACCCCAGUGGAUUACUUUAGUAGCUUCGAACAAGCAAUCAAAUUUCGUGAUUAUCCAGCUGCGGUGUUGGGAGUACUUGCGGGCACGGUGUGCGCUCCGAUCUGCGAGGAGAUUGUGUUCCGGGGAUUUCUGAUGCCAUGGCUCUCGAGACAUAUGCACCCGUUUUGGUCUAUCCUGCUGAGUUCACUUUGUUUUGCAGAAAUACACCAUGAUCCGGUCUGCAUGCCGUCUCACACAGCUUUUGGAAUAAUAAUGGCAGUGGUUUUCUCAAGGUCAAGAAACUUGCUGCCUCCGGUGCUCCUUCACUCGAUGUGGAACAUGUUUUGUUACGUUCGACAGAUCCAAUACCUUACAGGAAUUUAUUGGAAGUCAAGUUGGCAUGCUUGAGUAUGCACGAUGCAGAUAACAACUCCAACCGUGUAAGGAAUUUGAAUGCAAUCAACAGCAGCUAUUGAGCAAGAUUUUAUCAGAGACGCUUUUCUUUUUAGAUUUUUGCAGUAUGAAACGCAGGACAUUAAACACAGUUUUACUAGUUUGCUGUUUGGUUCGUUUCCUUGAUAUAGAGAAAUGCA